AUGGUCAAGGGGGCUCCGAAUCCCCCAGGGGACCUGCUGUCCCAGAGGAGGAAGGAAGCCCAGGAUGGGGGCCCCCAAAGGGUCAAGUUGGAGUUACACCCGCUGCUGAACAGGUGGGCGCUAUGGUUCUUCAAGAAUGACCGCAGCCGAGCCUGGCAGGACAACCUGCAUCUGGUCACCAAGUUUGACACAGUGGAGGACUUUUGGGCGAUGUACAGUCACAUCCAGCUGGCCAGUAAGCUCUCUUCCGGCUGUGACUACGCCCUGUUCAAGGAUGGCAUUGAGCCCAUGUGGGAAGACAGCAGGAAUAAGAGGGGUGGCCGCUGGCUGGUCAGUCUUGCCAAGCAGCAGCGUCACAUUGAGCUGGACCGCCUGUGGCUGGAGACACUGCUGUGUCUGAUCGGGGAGAGCUUUGAGGAGCACAGCCGGGAGGUGUGUGGGGCUGUCGUCAACAUCCGAACCAAGGCAGACAAGAUUGCGGUGUGGACCAGGGAGGCAGAGAACCAGGCAGGCGUGCUGCACAUUGGGCGUGUCUACAAAGAGCGCCUGGGCCUCUCCACGAAGAUCGUCAUUGGGUACCAGGCCCAUGCAGAUACUGCCACCAAGAGCAACUCCCUCGCCAAGAAUAAGUUUGUGGUGUGAUGAGACCUUGGCACCACUCCAUUCAGCUGCUCCUGAGCCUCUCACGGCUGUGUGUGUGUGUGUGUGUGUGUGUGUGUAAGUGGGUGCUGGGCUACCGUGCUGAUGCUGGGGUAGGACUAGGGGGUAGAGAACCAGGUUCUCACUUGUCCUGGAGUGAAUAGGAACAUUGCUUAACAUGACUUGGGGCCUAGGGGUAGCUCUGUGGUCAGGGAGCCAGCCUGAGGAUGCAGGACAGGUGGAGGAAAGCUUCCAGUUUCCUUGUUUCACCUCAGGGUGGGCUGGGCUGAGUCACUGCGGGAAGCAGAGCUCAAAUGAAGGUGGAAAGAUGGCAAGGGAACCCUAUACUCCAGCACUUUCUCUGCACCCCUGAGAAAGAGGUCGUUUUAGGGGAGAAGGCCCAAGGCCAUGGACACUCUGAGAGGAGGAGUUCAGGGACAGGAGGGGGUGGGCUCUCCUCUUUGUAAUCACUCUACACCUUUUGAGAUGCCUUUCAUUAGAUUUGUAGCCUAGGAGCCCACCCUGUAUCCUCUAGCCUCCCUCAAGCAGCUGUGGGUGGGGCCCUGGAGUGAGGCUGUAGAUCAAAAGGGUUGGAGGCUUACACACAGAACCCCAUUAUCUCACAGACAUGUGGCGAGCUAAGGACUGAGGAGAGUACUGUGUCCUUCUUGCCUUUUCCUCAGCUGUGGCCAGGGCUGUCUGGGCCUUGCCGGCCUCAGAGUCAGGCUGAAGUGGAGGUGGAUAGAUAACAUGAGACAGGAGCCAGGACAGUGGUGGUUAGGUCUCAUCAUAGUUGUGCCUGAG